CCUUGAUCGAAAGCCCUCAAUUGGAAUCGACGGACAUCCUACUUCUUCACACACGAGGAGCGAAAGUUAAUUUAAAGAUGGAUCCAAACUCCGUGAAGUCGACCCUUUCGAAUUUAGCAUUUGGAAAUGUAAUGGCCGCUGCUGCUCGUGAUUAUCAAAAGGAAUUGCUUGCCCAAGAGAAGGUUCAAGCAUCAAGUUCUAACAACGAUGAAGUUGACCUUGACGAGUUGAUGGAUGAUCCUGAGCUGGAAAAAUUGCAUGCAGAUAGAAUUGCAGCUCUCAAGAAGGAAGCUGAGAAGCGAGAAGCAAUGAAGAGACAAGGGCAUGGAGAAUACAGAGAAAUAACCGAGGGAGACUUUUUGGGUGAAGUCACCGGGAGUGAAAAAGUGAUUUGCCACUUUUAUCAUCAUGAAUUCUAUCGGUGCAAAAUUAUGGAUAAGCAUCUGAAGACUCUUGCACCAAAACAUGCAGACACAAAAUUCAUCAAGCUUGAUGCAGAGAAUGCACCCUUCUUUGUUACCAAACUUGGAAUCAAGACUUUGCCUUGUGUCGUUAUCUUCAGGAAAGGCAUUGCUGUAGAUAGGCUUAUUGGGUUCCAAGAUUUAGGAGGAAAAGAUGAUUUCAACACAAAGACACUAGAAAUUCUGUUGACAAAGAAAGGUAUCAUUAGUGAGAAAAAAGAAGAUGAGGAAGAGGAUGAGUACGACGAAAGUAGGCGAAGGACCGUGAGAUCUUCUGUCCAUGUUGACUCUGACUCAGAUUAGGGAACAGAAUUUGCCUUCUCAAUUGAAUUACAAAGAUGUGUUUAGAACUUGAUGAUGUUCUGUCUAAUAUGUUGAGUAUUUUGUAAGCGACCUCUCAAACUAUACAUAGUUUAUCAAGGUAUUGACAUUAAAGCUAAACCAUGAUAAUCUUAGAUUUAA